CUUAUCUUUAAGGAAGCCACGUCACGGAUUGAUCAGAUGGUGUCCAGGAUUUCUUCAGACACGAUGUAUACCUUUGUUGUAUUGGCUGGCUUUGUAGGCAUCGCCCUAGGGCAGAAUACUCCGUGUGGUGUGCCUAUUGUUAACCCUAUCACCAGCAGAAUUACCGGGGGUAAAGAUGCUAUAGCUGGUUCCUGGCCCUGGAUGGUAAUGUUGGUAGAUGACCUCGGAUUCAUCUCCGGAAGCGCCUUUAUUCUCGGCAAACAUACCUUACUAACGUCAGCCCAGCACUUUGAAGGCGACAACUACCAUCUUGCUGACGUAAACACAGCCCAGUGGACCAUGUAUUUUGGAGCUCAUAACAUCAACACAGCCGGACCACAUGAGAGGAAUUAUACUAUAAAAUCUGUCACAGUGCACGAGAAUUUUGAUGUCAAUACCCUAGAGAAUGAUCUUGCUCUUAUUUACACCAAUGAGGAGAUAGUUUAUAAUGACCACACACAACCAAUAUGCCUGCCAAAUCCAGGUCACACCUAUAAGGUGGGACAGAUGUGCUAUCUGGCCGGAUGGGGAGACACAGGUAACGCUAACGAUGAGGUACUGAAACAAGUAGGUUUGCCAAUUAUGUCAGACGCCACCUGCCAAGGACAUUGGCAAGAUUAUUUGCCAGGUACAGAACUGUGUGCAGGGUAUGAAAACGGCGGAAAAGACUUUUGCGGUGAUGACAUUGGCAGCCCUCUGAUGUGUAAAGAUGCAUCAGGUGCCUGGUAUGCUCAAGGUAUAGCAUCUUCUGGUGGUGACUGCACGGUUGCUGACGAGCCCGGGAUUUUCGAGGACGUGUCCAAAUAUACCAAUUGGAUCAAGACCAGCAUGGCCUCAGCCGGUUACCCGUAUGAAUACUAAUGUAUUUACAUGAGUGCAAAAUAUUUCAAUAAAAUAUAAUUGUAUUA